UUGCUCAGCCCUGCGGAAUUCAUAGCAUCCAUGAAAAAGAGGCCCUCUCUAGCUAAAGGUGAGAGAGAUGGAUGUCUAUUGGUCCAUUCGCUUAUGAGGUUUGAUAUGAACAGUCUGAGGUAGAUAUAUAAGAUUCAACGUGAAACCCGCAAGGGAAGACUUAUAUUUUUUCAUCACCACCAACAUCAUAUCCACAAAAUCCAAGUCUUUCCUAUUUUUCUAUUUAUUUUCUUAUCUCUUUUGUCAUCUCAUUAUUUCCUUAUUUUCCUUAAGCCUUCGUCUACUUCUUUCUCCUACUAGUGCAGUUUGUUCUUUUGGACCGAUCCUCUCCUACUAUCAUAAUAUUGAAACAGUCAUAUCGUCUAAUUCAAGCUUAAUACCGUCAAAAUGCUCAAGGCCGGAACCGUCGCUGCCAUCUUGGCUUUCUGCUCCGUCUCUGCGGCUGCCCCUGCCAGUUGGGGAUCCGACUCAUGGGGUAGCACUGGCUCCGGAUCAUACACCACACCUCCCGCCUGGGAAACUGCCACUGGCGGCUCAUCUCACGAGACUGCCACGGCCUCGAGCUAUUACACCUCUCUAAGCUACGCUCACAACAGCCCCAGCCACAGCACAGAAGCAGCAAGUGCUUCUGCUACGGGCUCCGCUGCAGGCUCCGCUUCUACCACCGUCGCAGCCAGUACUGUCGUCUCAGCCCCCUCUACACCAACAGGCCUGAGCAAAGUCCAGCAGAUCCUCCUUUCCGACACUCGCGCCGACGCCGUCAACAACGUGCUCACAUCCAACUCCGACUUCAUCUUCGAUUUCAACAAAGCGCGCAAAGGAGGCAAGAGCAGCGAGAUCGUGCAAGCGAACCGCAAGGCCUUCCCCGCACUCACGGGGACCGGAAUCGGCAUGGCCGUAGGCUUCCUCGGACCCUGCGGCUUCAACACCCCGCACGUGCACAACCGAGCCACCGAGUUUCUCAUCGUGACCAAGGGCAAGAUAGUCUCGGAGAUGGUGAUCGAGAACGGCGUGAACAACGCCAAGGGCACGCCGAGGGACAUCACGAACACGGUCGAAGAGUUGCAGGCCACGCCGUACUUCAUGGGCGCCCUACACACGCAGUACAACCCCACCUGCAAAGACGUGACCUUCGUCGCGCCCCUGUCGAACGAGGACUUCGGCGCCAAUACCAUCGCCCAGGCUUACCUCGCCCUUAAAGACGAGACGAUCGCCGGGGCCCUCGGUAACGUCAUCGACGGCGCUGACAUCGAUAAGUUCCGCAGCUUGCUCAGCUCGAACGUUACUAUUGGUGUUGAGCAGUGCUUGAAGACUUGCGGCAUCUCUAAGCGCAAGUAAGGGGUUAGUGUAUAUAUACUUUUGAAAUGUAUAUACUACCUAGUAUAUUUAACGGGAUACGGCAAUAAAGAGGGUAGGGUUAUAGGGGCAUGACGGGUCUUUUGGUUAGACGACAGCGCACGUGCGAUGGUUUGAUGGGUUAGGGGGAUUGGGCAUCAUCGGUCCGGAGUUCUUCAUUGCAUUAGUUUGUUUAUUUGGUGGGUUUUGCAUAUUAAUCGCUACUUAAAAUUAGAAAAGCCACCAGUUAUUGAAUACACACUCG